AAGAAUAAUUUUUUAAAUCAUUAUUGUGGAUGACUUAUUGAUAUUUUUUUUUAAUAAUACUUGGGAAUAUAUUUUCCGUACUCUUAAAAAAAUUAUUAAUGUGAUUAUCAGUAACUAAGAAACUUACACUCAUGCCAAGAAAGUUUGAUCAGUCAAUCGGUGCACGUUUAGAUGACAAACAAAACUUUGGUCCCUAAAGUCGCAUCAAAAAAUUGAAAAUGGAAUCAACUAGCUUUAGGUUUUGUAAUGAAUUAUAAAAGAUUUUGUAUCGAAUUCAAACUCGCAUUUAAUUGAGGACCCCAAUUAUCAAAGCAAAAAUGAAUUAACAUGUAACUAAUAGAUUCUUCUACUUUAUAUGUCUCACUUUUCUCACUCUUCUAGUAAACACAUUAACUUUUUCAUUAAUCUUAAAAAUGGAUUACAGAUUAUCAUAUUCUUCUUGCACUGCUUCUGUGUAAGGAAUGUGCUCCUAGCAUUUCAAGAAUCAAGGACUAUAAGAUUGAAAAAAAAUAAUGAUUAGAUAGUUGAUUAAUCUAAUGAAGAAGAUUUGUCUCAGCACUUACUUUCCUGUGAUGAUUAUCACCUGACAGAUACGAAUGAGGGGUCUCCCUCCAAGUUUCUGGUUCCAAUUCUGCAUAGUACCUCAAAAGCAACUUAUCCAAGCAAUUAUUAUGGCUACUGCUUCAAUGCCUGACAGUGAUUCUCUGUAUUUGGAAGGAAACUGCAGGAUCUUACAUCCAGUCACAAAUCUAAGGGUCAAUUUUUUUUUAUUGCAUAUAAUUUCUUUUUUAUGGCUAGGAUUUUAUGCAGUGACAUAAGAAUCAACACCCUGCCAUGCCAAAGCCAAAUCAGUUCAAAGAUUUCCAAUGAAGAAUAAAAAUAUGACUGAAUUCCUAGAAAAACUUACCUGUUCAUCAUUGAUUUUGGUUACCUGCUCACUGAAAAUGAAGUCUGAGUGAUUCUCACAUUGUCAGGAAGAUCGAAAUCACUCGUAUUAGAGAAAAAUAUACAGAAAAUUAAUUAACAAAUUGAUCCCUCAAACUGUUUUCUUCUACUGUUAGUCUCUGAAUAUGAAAUUUGUAUCAAUGAAAGGACUACAUUGUACAUGAUUUUAUAAACUCAGGAACUAACUCAUUCAAGGACUAAACUGCAUGUGAACAUAUAUUUCUGGACUAAGCUGUUAAUCUGAGAGAAAAAAAUACAGUAAGGUAUAAAAUCGAGGCACUGGAACUGCUUACACAGCUUCUGCACACAGUACACACACCCUUUUGAACAAAGUUACAAAAUCAUUGUUAUUCAAGACCUUAAAAUGUUUGCUCAUUAUCUUACUGUUGUUUUAGAAGUGGUGAACUGGGCUCGACCCUCUUGAAUUUCUACUACAAGUACUUUCAUUUUUGUUUUUUUCUACAGUUGUGGACUCUAAGAAUACAAGUGGCCAAACAUCUCACGAUGACAAAUAGCACACUCCUCCCUCUUCUCCAUGCAAUUUGCUCUGUCUGCACUCAUCAGUGAUAUUGGAACGUAGUGGUUCCAAAUAGUGGCCCGGUAGCUUGUUCUGUGCAUUGAAGGGCUCAAUGCAAAUGCCACGCUGUGCCUGUCCACAGUUUCUUCUUUUGUUUCCGAUUUAUUCCCUAUCACACGUAAGCUUCCAUCAUUCAUCUCAUCUCUCACCACCACCUGCUUUCUCAUUCAAGCCUUCUGCCACUGUACUCUUUUCAUUCACACGCCACUUCAGCUUCAGAGAAGAGUGAAACAGCUGGAGACAUAGCGUGACCAAGUGGUUUUCCUGCACACAGAUUAUACUGCAUAAUCACCAUAAAUAUCUAUCUAAAGUUUUUCAGGAGAGAAGUGACAGAGGAAAAAAAUGGUAGAAAGAGAAGCAGGUUCUGAGAGCUCCAAAAUGUGGACUGAACCAAAACAUCAACCAACUGAGCUCAGAGUUCCAGUAAUAUACUACCUUUCCCGAAAUGGCCAGCUUGAGCAUCCACAUCUCAUGGAGGUUCCAAUCUCAUCUCCACAAGGAGUGCUAUGUCUUAAAGAUGUGAUAGAUAGAUUGAGUUUUCUCCGGGGACAAGGAAUGACCGCAAUGUAUUCUUGGUCCACAAAAAGGAGUUACAAAAACGGGUUUGUGUGGCAAGAUUUGUCUGAGAAUGAUUUCAUUUACCCGAGUGGAAGCCAUGAGUAUGUCCUGAAAGGGACACAGAUGAUAGAAGCUUCUUCGAGCUUUCGAUCCUGUGAGACAAUAUCAACAUCAAGCUCCAAAAGUUCGACAGAAGCAAACAAUUCUAGCAUGGAUGCAGAUUCCCCUGCUACCAUAAAGGGUAGAAGCCAAUCAUUUAAUUCGAGUGAUUACAAGUUUUACAGGGCAAAGACGUGCGAGGAGUUUGCAGGGAAAGCCACCAAUGCCUCGACUCAGACAGAGGAGAAGCGUAGGGAAAGGAUAAAAUGGGAGAAAGUAGAAGAGUGUGAAGGAACUGAUGAUGCAAGGGAGUCAGGUGAAAAUGAAGGAUCUUUACGACUUUCUAGUUCUAGUUUUGGAGCGUUGGAAGGGUCUUUGAAGGAUUACGGAUCAGCAGACAUCAGAAACCAAAGGGUUGAGAAUGAACGUCCAAGUGGGAGGAUCAAGGCUUCAGAAGUUCUCAUGCAGUUCAUCAGAUGUGGAUGAUGUCAAAGGUUCAUGAGUACGAAUGAGAAACUGUUAAUCACUCAAAUUGGUAUGAUUAUGCUGCUUCUAGUUCAGUUAGAAAUGGAACAAUGAGUUGAGUGACUUGUUGCUAUUGAAACAUCUAUCCCUUGUGUUGUCCCUUUAAUCAAAUUAGACAUGUGAUGACAUGAAUUAUUGCUCCUUCUAUUUUUGUCGGCAUCCAAUGUUGUUGCAUCACCAUUUAUCUGCAGUAAAAUUUGUUGAAUUUACUCAAAUUUAAUAAUCUAAUAAACAGGUUAGUUCACAAUUAAGUGGAAUUUUUUGAAUUAUCACUCAUUUCAAAUUCUUUUGACAGAUUAAAAUUCUCCAUCCAAAAAAUUCUGCAAAUGUUUGUAGUCAUAUGCUAUGUCUUUAUUUCCACAGUUCUG